AAAAAAAUUACCCGUAAUUAAUAUCUAGAUCUAGAUGUAGUACUUUACUAGUAGACUCUAGAUCUAAUAGUAAUACUAAUAGUAAUACUACUAGUACUAAGACUAACUAAGUAAUAGAAUGAAGACUGAAGUUUGAAACUGAAAGAGGAUGAAAAAUGCUUUACUGGCUUUACUAAACAGACUAAGCAGAAUAGGCUGCCUUUCCUUUCCUUAGGCUUUACACUUUACAACAAAUUUAUGAUGCUAGAUUGCAGCUAGAUCUAGCAUAUGAUAGACCACUAAUCCACUAUCUCUAUAGACUAGACAGUCAGUAGUAUAUCUAUAGUAUAGACACUCUUAUAAUAUUGAUAUUGAUAUUUCAGGCUCAAAAGUUAAAAAAUAUUUAGAAUCUAGAUCUAUAGAUCUAUGUUUAAAAAAUUAUUCACAGUUCUCAGUUAUUGAUAGUUUUCACGAAGCUGAAGAGCCCUGCCUAGAUCUACUAAGGAGACUAAGGACUAAACAUAAGAAGACUAGAUCUAUUCUAUCGACUAUACCGACUAAGCCAGUCUAAGCCUCCUGAGACGCCUAGAGAAGUCGGGCUAAGUAGAUAUGAAAUUAAAGUUAUGAAUGCUUAAAAAUUGCAUCUAAGCAUUGUACAGCCAUGCAACAAAAAGAUCUUCUACAAGAGUUAAGGGCUUUAAAAAUACUUAUUGAAAACACUAUACAAGAAGUAGAAUCACUCAGUGAAGCUAGUUUUGAAGAGAACAUACAAAGAUCUUUGGAAGAAUGCAAGAAUUCCCUUACAGAAAUUAAUGUAGCUGUUCAAGAGAGACACAUCAAGUGUGAAAAUGAUGACUCCUUAGACAGUUCUAAACUAUCACUGAAUAUGUCAUCAAAAAAUAACAUUUGUGAUUUUGAUGACUUAGAGGAUCUAGGUGUGGAAGACUUCUUGAACACAGCAAACAAAAAACAAGAAGAAAUAUCACUGGAAAAUUAUUCAACAAGCAAAAUGAAGGCAGAGAAGUCUGAGGAGUUGACUAUCGAUAAUGAUGAAGAUAAUUGGGAUGUUGAUGAUUAUGAAAAAUCUGUUUUGGAAUCGAACAGCUCAUUAAUGAAGACUUUAAAUGAUGAUGAAUUCUGUGAUGAUGAUUUUGAUGAUAAAGAAUUAGAGGAAAUUAAUGAAGCUGAGAAAGUUGCAUUGGAAGACAAGGAAUUAGACACUUUACAAAUUGAGAAAGAUUCUGAUGAAAUGAAUUAUCAGCCAACAGAUCCAUGUUAUUUAGAUGUACUAAAACAGUAUUUUGGAUUUUCUAAAUUUCGUCCUUUACAAUGGAAAAUAAUUAACUCUAUUUUGAAUGAGAAGCGAGACAACUGUGUUAUCAUGGCUACAGGUUAUGGUAAAAGUUUAACAUUCCAAUAUCCCUCUGUGUUUACAAAACGAACAUCUUUAAUUAUCAGUCCACUUAUUUCCUUAAUGGAGGAUCAAGUACAUGGUCUAAAGGCAUCCAAUAUAGAAGCCUGCUUCCUUGGAUCUGCUCAAGAAAAUACAACUCAAAUAAAAAAAGAAUUAUUUUCUGGACAUUACAGAUUGGUAUAUGUAACACCUGAAUAUGCAAUAUCAGCUAUAGAGGACUUUAAACGUUUAGAUGCAAAUGUUGGCAUUGACUUAAUUGCUGUUGAUGAGGCUCAUUGUGUUUCUCAAUGGGGUCAUGAUUUUCGCUCGUCAUACAGGAAACUUGGUAUCCUCAAGGAAGAAUUCCCAAAGAUUCCUAUUUUAGCAUUGACAGCUACUGCAACGAUGGAAGUGAGAACAGAUAUUUGUCGCAAUUUGGCACUGAAAAACCCACACCUGGAAUGCACAAGUUUUGAUAGACCUAAUCUUUUCUUGUGUGUUGAACCAAAGACAAAAGACAUAUCCAGUGAUCUUAAGAAAUACAUGAAACGAGUAGGAUACAGAUACAGUUAUGAUGGACCAACAAUUAUUUACUGUCCAACUAAAAAAACUACAGAAGAGAUAGUAGGAGUUCUGAAAGGUUUAGGUGUAUCUUCUUUACCUUAUCAUGCAUCCUUACCAAUGAGAGAUCGCAGAAUGGCUCAUAAAAAGUUUCUAAAUGAUGAAAUACAAGUUGUGGUUGCUACAGUGGCUUUUGGAAUGGGGAUUGAUAAACCUGAUGUCAGAAAUGUUAUCCAUUAUGGAUCAUCUAAAGACAUUGAAUCCUAUUAUCAAGAAAUUGGACGAGCAGGGAGAGAUGGUCUACCCAGUUUUUGUGUUGCAUUUUUUGGCCCAACGGAUUUUAAUAUUUUUAGGCAUUUCGUCAGUGAGAUUGAAAAUAAAACCUUCAGAGAGCAUAAACUAAAAAUGUUAAGGAGAAUGGAAUCCUACUUGUCCAUUACAACUUGUCGGCGCAGAUUUCUCUUAUCAUAUUUCGAGACUAAAGAUCUCAAUGAAAUAGGUGGGACAACAAAUUGCUGUGAUUGUUGUAGAUUAAGAUUAACGCAACUAAAGAAUGGCUUGCCUGCAUCACAAAUAAACAAUAGUCAGGCAGUUGACUUUGGAAAAGAAGCUAAACAUUUGUUUACAGCUAUAGAGGUAACUGGCAAUCGCUUUGGCCUCACUGUUCCAACUUUAGUGCUUCUAGGUUCUGGUUCUAAAAAAAUUGAAGCCUUUUGUAAAAGUGAAAUAUUUGGAUGUGGAAAAUAUAGAAAUCAAAAAUUUUGGGGAGCUUUAGGUAAAGCCUUAAUAUGUGAUGGGUACUUAAAAGAAAAAGUUGUCCACGGAGGCUUUGGUUCAAUAGUUGAGAUGACUUUCAAAGCACGAGACUGGAUAAAAUUUGCCACAUCAGAAAAAAGUCAACUUCUCUUGAUCCCGUCUGGAGAUCUCCUAAGCCAGAAGGAUACAGUGAGCCAAGUCAAAGUUCAAAUGAAACCUUCUUUACCUCAGCUGAACAGUUUUUCAUAUCUAUCAUCUCAUAAAAAUAUGGUCAAAUCAGCUAUUACACCAGUUGUACCUCCAGUUGAUGAAAAGACAUCUAAGCUUGAAAAAGAUUUAUAUACAAUGUUAGUAAAGAAAAGAAAUGAAAUGUCUCAAGAAUCUGGCUACACACCUCACAACAUUGCAAGUAAUAGAGUACUGUUAGACAUGGCUAAAUUCAGGCCAAGUACCAAAAUCUCUUUGCUGAAAUUGGAGGACUUCUCUGAGAUAAAAGCUGACAGAUUUGGAAGCCAGUUUCUGGAACUGAUUAAUUCUUUCUGCUCUGAGAAUUCCAUGAAACUUGAUGACUUUCCUGUAAUAGAUGCCAAUCUUGAAAAUGAUAUGAAUAUGAAAGAAGAGCUUAUGAAACUAUCAGAGACUCAAAGACAAAGUUAUAUUAUGUUUACCUUUCAGAAAAAUUCAGUGGAAGAAGUUGCUGUAAAGCGUGGCUUGAAAACAGGCACAAUCAUAACUCAUUUAUGUGAUGCUCUCAAGGCUGGAUUAAGUGUAAACAUCAAACAACUUGGAGUGACUCCUCAGAUUGAGAAAUUAAUAUCAAAAACAAUUUGGGCUCCACCUGUUAAUGGAGGUAUAUCUAGUUUAACAAAGAUCAAAGACCACCUGCCUUCCGAUAUUGAAUACAAUCAUAUCAAAAUUGUUAUUUCUCUGUUGGUUUUGAAACAUGGCAGUGAAAUAAAAGAAAAUGGUGAACUAGCAUUGACACCAUCACAAAAGCAAGUUUCUGAACCAUCCAAAGUUACCAUUAAUAGUACUGAAGACUCAGAGGAUCAGGAAUCAACUGGACCACCUUAUAAAAAACAAAAAGUUCACACAUCAGCCUUGCCUAAACAGUCAAGCUACACUGCUGAAUCACAAAGCUGCCACUCACAACAAGAAUCUCAAUCUCUAAAUGGAUGUGAUUUUAGUCAGUCAGCUACCAUUAACAAAAAACUACCUUCAUGGAUGGCAUCUCAAAACUUUGUCCUGACUAAGAAAAUGAAGUCAAAAAAACUUCUGAAAUAAAUAUUCAUUUGCUAUGAUAAAAAGAGAGAUAAUGGUGAAUUGCAUUUAUAAUGUUUUUGAAAAUUAAUAUGUUGUUAAGGAAAAUAAAUACACAUAUAUGAAA